GUUGGGAGUUGCAGCUCCGCCCCUUCCAGGGCGACUGGUUCUUGGCCGAGGAAUGCAUCAGCUCCCUUCACGCCGAUGUGAACUGCACAGUCACAGAAGGCCUCCAGUCGCAAACCAAGUAUGACACCAGGGUUCGAGCCUACUGCCUGGACCCCUUGGCCAAGGGAAACUGGACAGAGGUUCUUGGUUUGUUCACAACUCCGGCAAUUCCAGCUGACCGGCCUCUGGUGGGUCUGGAGACUCUUGGCCCGCGUCAGAUGAAGUUCUUUUUCGAUCCGCAGGAAUCGUGGGACUGCUCCUUCGUGGCCUUUGUGGGCGAAUUGCGUGAGGCAGACACGGGCGAGAUUGUGGACGCUCAGCGCGGUGACAGCGUUUCGCGUGCCGCCAACGAGACUUUGCUUUGUGUGCCAGCAGAACGAGUUGGUGCACAGUGCGUGCUCACAGGGUUGAUGUCAAACACCACGUACAUCGUGACAAUCUGCGAGACGUGCAGCAACCCCCAGGCUGAGGUGUGUGCGGAAGCCAUGAACACAACGCUCUCAAUGAAUCCGGAUGCCGUCGG